UCACGAUCGAUAUUGGCAUUCGCUCAAAUUGGACAUAUUCCAAAACAAAUUUAAAAGAAAAUGGUUGACUGUAACGUCGCAGUGGGAAUUCGCAUAGGUACAAAUUAUACGACAUAUGCAUGGAAUAGACGAUCCAUUGAAGAUCCGGCUUUUGUGAGUGCCCAGUGGACAGACUCCACAAAGAGUUUGUUAUUUUUAGAGACUCCUACAAUCGCCCUGUUCGGUUCUGAUAAGAAACUUCAAGCAUUUGGAUUUGAAGCGGAAAAAGAAAUACAAGAAAAAACCAACAACCAUCUUCUAGUUUUUCGAGAAUUCAUACAAGAUCUGUUCUGUAACGGAAUUCAGGUUCCAUCGCAUUUAACAGCCGAAAAUGGCGUCCUGGUAUUGUCCUCUGACAUCAUGACUCAGGUCAUAGCUUUCCUACUCAGGAAACUGCCAAUUGAACCAAGCAAAAUUGUGUUUACGGUACCCUCUGCGGCAACAAAGGAUACGUACAAUUUUUUCAAAAAAUCGGCAAGAAAGGCCGGAUUAGAAAAAGUGUAUAUCAUUCCUGAGGCCACUUCGGUCCUUUACUACUGCAAGGAGUAUCACCGUUUAUAUAAAACCACUUCUAGCAAAGAGGUGGAUGUUUUUGCCGGAGGAAAACAAAGCAUAGUUUUAGAGUGUGAAGACGACAACGUCAGUAUUUCUGUGUUAGAAGUUAGGGAUGGUGUCAUUAAGAUUGUCUAUAAUAGUUUCUCAAAUGUGUUGGCAGCUUGCCAAGUUCAGAACGAUUUCGAGGCUAUGAUCAUUGAGAUUGUAGGGGAAUCAGUAUUUGACGACUUUUAUAGGAAUAAUCGUUUAGAAUAUUUUGAAAUAGUUAAUGAACUACGCAGGAAAAUGACAGUUGACAUAAAGGAGGAAAAGCCACUGAACAUCAACAUACCACCAUCUUUAAUUACUGCAUUUGAAAAGACUACUGGAAAGACUUUGAAUGAGGCACUUCAACAAACAAUAUUUUCGGAUAAAAUGUCUUUCAAUCAUGGCAAAUGUAGGAUUAUGCCGGAAAUAUUCCACAAUUUGUUCAAAGAAGCAGGAGCCAACAUUGUUCAGCUUCUGAAUAAAGCUAUGGCUGAUUCAGGGCUUUCAAAAACUGGAAGCAUUAUUCUUGUUGGGUUUUUCUCAAGAUCCACCAUACUCCAAGACAUGAUAAAAAAGUCCUUCCCUACGUGUCACGUCAUAGUCCCUGAAGAUUCCAAUAUGGUUGUAGUAAAAGGGGCAGCAAUAUAUGGCCAAAAGCCGGUAAAAAUUCAAAAGCAUCCUGAGGUCAAAGUAGAUUUGAACAAAUUUGAAAUCAAACCACCGGGGAUGUUUCCAUGGACAUAA